ACUCCUUGGCUAUGGCUACUUCACAACUAUUCUCAUCUCUAUUCCUAACGGCAACGAUCACCUCCCCCACCCGCCUGUGCCACCACCACCGCCACCGCCGCCUGCCGAAAUUCAGAAUCAACGCGGCCAAGAUUCCGGCCGGCGUGGAAUUGCCCAAGGAGCUGCCGAAGCUCCAGCCGCCGGUGGCGGGCUUCACCAGAACGGCGGAAGUUUGGAAUUCCAGGGCCUGUAUGAUCGGCAUAAUCAGCGUUUUCAUUCUUGAAUUGAUUCUGAACAAGGGAUUGCUCGAAAUCUUCGGGUUGGAGAUCGGGAAAGGCCUCGAUCUUCCUCUCUGAAAUCCCACAGGCUAUUUAUGUAUGUAUAUGAUAUCCAAUCAAGUGUAGUUUGUGCACUUAAUGUAAACUCAUGAGCUGAUGGAGUCGAACAAGAUUCAAGCAUGAAUAGAAGGAAAAACUUUUGGAAACCA